GUCUUCAGUCAUUCCGUCGCAGUGUUUGUUGACGAUUUACCUGUGCGUCUGUUAUCAUCGUUAUUGUUUUUUUUCUUUUUUUAAAUAUUAAUUUCCAUCUAGUCAUUAUAUACGUAUAACAGUUAACAGUAUUUGAAGUGAAAUUUUGUAAGACAAAAAUCUAAUAAACGUUUACAUUAUCAUGAUACGAUAGAAAGGAUCAUUUAAAUUUAUUAAACGCCAUAAUGCGUAUCAAUGGUGGCGCUGAAUCACUAUCAUCGUCUUCAAAGUCAGAAGCCGAUGACAUGCUUGAGACGGAAAAUGAAUCUCUUAGGGACAGGGUAGGUGAUUUAGAAAAGAAAGUUUUAGAACAGGGAGAUGAAAUUGUUUGUCUACGGUCUACAUUAGCUGACGUUCUUAGACGGCUAAAUCAAGUAGAAGGCUGUCGUGCACUGAGUCUAAAUACAUCUGCUUUAAAAAAUGGAAACUCGCCUAGGCCAGCAAGCUACUAUGGUGGAAGUAGUCAUCAUUUAAUAUCACCAACUUUAUCACAAAGAGAAAUUAAUCUUCGCUAUAGAUCUACUAAUGAACAUCCAGGAUCUGCACUCAGAGACCCUGUGCGAAGAGUUCCAAGUCACAAUAGCUCACAUUCUUCACUACCUCAAAGAAAAGCUGUACAUUAUCAGUCAACAGGUUCACUACAUUCUGAUUCACCUAGUUCCAGUAGUGUAUCACCUGUACCUCCAGCAUCACCUUCCCCUUCACCUACUAGACCUGGCACUGCUCAUAAAUCACAAAAGACUACAAUAUCAAAUUUACAUAACUCCAAAAGAUGGAGUUCUACUGGAGACUUUAACCAAGCACAAAAUAUGAGUGUGGCUCCCCAAUCAUCAACAUUGACUUCUAGACUUGCUACAAAGUCUUUGCUUAAUUUGAAUUUGCGGUCACAGCCCCAACAAAGUCAGCACAUUCAUCAUCAAAAACAUGGUACACGCGAUGCAACGUUCAACCAAGAAGAAGGCAACGUCCGAAUGUUUCUGCGAGGAAGACCCAUUAAUCUUUAUGCACCUUCUAAUGAAAUCGCUACAUAUGAUAUCACCAAAGUGGCUACGGCACCAUCGUCCAAACUUAAAUUAGAUUGGGUUUACGGUUAUAGAGGAAAAGACUGUCGUUCCAACUUGUAUCUUUUACCAACUGGUGAAAUUGUUUAUUUUGUAGCCUCUGUGGCUGUAUUAUACAAUGUUGAAGAGCAAAGCCAAAGACAUUACCUUGGCCAUACUGAUGAUAUUAAAUGUUUAGCCGUUCAUCCAAAUAAAUUGUUAAUAGCCACAGGACAAACUGCUGGACAUGAUCACCGUGAGGGAAAACCUCAUAUUAGAGUUUGGAACUCAGUAAGUUUAGCAACAGUUGUUGUUCUAGGAUUAGGAGAAUUUGAAAGAUCUAUAAGUUGUUUGUCAUUUUCAAAAGCUGAUGGUGGAACUUUAUUAUGUGCUAUUGAUGAGGGUAAUGACCAUAAUAUAUCUGUGUGGGACUGGCAGAAAAAUGAUAAAGGACAUAAAAUUACUGAAACAAAGUGUUCUAUGGAUACUGUUGUUGCUGCAGAAUUCCAUCCUCUAGAACGUAAUCAAAUUGUUACUUGUGGUAAAGGUCAUAUCAGUUUUUGGACUUUAGAUGCUGGUGGUACUUUAUACAAACGCAAUGGAAUUUUUGAUACUACACGGGACCGUCCAAAAUAUGUGACUUGUUUAGCUUUUACUCAAAAUGGUGAUGUUUUAUCUGGAGAUUCAAAUGGAUCUGUUAUUACUUGGGGACGUGGCACUAAUAAUUUUAGUAAAAUCACACGUAAUGUACAUGAGGGUUCAGUAUUUACCAUUUGCACUCUUAAAGAAGGGAGUAUUAUUACUGGUGGAGGCAAAGAUGGACGUCUAAUACAAUUUGAUUCAGCCAUGCAACCUACUGGAUAUAAUGUUAAAAUUGCUGAACAUUUGGGUGGAAUUCGAACCCUCUCUGAGGGCAGAGGAUCACAACUGCUUGUUGGAUCAACACGUAACUGUAUAUUAAUAGGUUCAUUAAAAAUGGGCUUUAGCCCUGCUGUUUUGGGACAUACAGAUGAAUUGUGGGCUUUAUGUCCUCAUCCUACUGUUUCUCAAUUUCUUACUGCUGGAUUUGACCGUAUAGUACAACUUUGGGACUCUCUUUCUCACUCAGUUGUUUGGAGUAAAGAUAUUGCUGAACAAGCUCAAUCAGCUGCAUUUUCAACUGAUGGUCAAAUCAUUAUUGUUGGUUGUACAUCAGGCAAGUGGCUUGUAAUGGAUUCAGAAACUCGAGAAAUUUAUUCUUCUCAUGUUGAUGGAAAUGAAGCUAUUCAAGUUGUUAAAUUUUCACCUGAUGGUUCAUACCUAGCUCUAGGCUCUAGAGAUAACUAUAUAUAUUUAUAUCAAGUCACUGAUGGAGCCAGACAUUAUACUCGAUUAGGCAAAUGCACUUCUUGGGAUUACAACCGUCGCAGAAGAUGUAGCACAGGUGCUUUAAUAGAUUAUGGUUCGGGACAUUCAAGCUUUAUUACACAUCUAGAUUGGUCAGCAGACAAUGAAUACCUUCGAAGUAAUUCUGGAGAUUAUGAGUUAUUAUACUGGAAAGCUAAAGUUUGUCGUCAAGUCCCUCAAAGCACACAACUCAGAGAUGUUAUUUGGGCUUCAAAUUCAUGCGUGUUGACAUUCACUUCUAUUGGUAUUUGGCCAGAAGGUGCUGAUGGUACUGAUGUAAAUGCUUGUGAACGAUCUAAUAAUUCAAAGUUAAUGGCCACUGGUGAUGACUUUGGGAAAGUAAAACUUUAUGGUUAUCCAGUCAAACAACCUAAGUCACUUUGCCACUCUUAUGGAGGACAUAGUAGUCACGUGACCAAUGUGGCCUUUUUGCAUGACGAUUCCAGACUGAUUACAAUUGGUGGUAAAGAUAUGAGUGUAAUUCAAUGGGCUAUUAUUUAAAUUAAUUUAAUUUUUAUUAGUACUCAUAUAAUUAUUGUAUUUUUCAAUGUUUAAUUACUAUCACAAAGUAUAUAAUAAAUAUUUUAUUAAAUUACAAUAAAUUAUAUCACAAUAUUUAUAUAUUAAAUAUGAAUAUCGAGUUGCGUCCAAUAUGAGUAUUAUACACAUUAUUAUUGAAAACCAUACAUUUAAGUUUUGUUUAAUGAUUUACUUGUUCUCUUAUAUUCAGCAAAACUAAUUGUUAAUUCU